CAAAAUAGAAAGGAAACUGUUGUCGUCCUUUAUUGCACCAGCCUGCACCAACAGUUGAGAGGCUAUUAGAUAUUUAAAUGUGUAAUUCUCCCUCCGAUCUGAGACCGGCAGCAAUACAGCGUCUAGUCUGCCGGAAACGCACAAGAAGAAGAAAGAGACAUACAGUAAACGGAGAACACAAAUAUGCAGACGAUUAAAUGUGUUGUGGUUGGAGAUGGAGCAGUGGGAAAAACCUGCCUUUUGAUUUCAUACACAACCAACAAAUUCCCCUCUGAAUAUGUACCAACAGUGUUUGAUAACUAUGCAGUAACUGUCAUGAUUGGAGGUGAACCUUACACCCUAGGAUUAUUUGAUACUGCGGGUCAGGAGGAUUACGACAGGUUACGGCCUUUGAGCUAUCCCCAGACUGAUGUUUUCCUAGUUUGUUUCUCUAGUGUUUCACCCUCUUCAUUUGAGAAUGUUAAAGAAAAGUGGGUACCUGAAAUCACUCACCACUGUCCCAAGACGCCAUUCCUGCUGGUUGGAACUCAGAUUGACCUGAGAGAUGACCCUUCCACAGUAGAGAAGCUGGCCAAGAACAAACAGAAGCCCAUCAGCCCAGAGACAGCUGAGAAGCUCGCCCGUGACCUGAAGGCAGUCAAAUACGUUGAGUGCUCUGCCCUAACACAGAAAGGACUAAAGAAUGUGUUUGAUGAGGCAAUACUGGCUGCCCUGGAGCCUCCAGAACCCAAGAAGAGGCGCAAAUGUGUGCUGCUCUGAGCAUUUCCUCUCCUAUUGGUUAGAGCAUUUCAUCAACACUACUUGGAGAAAAGCAAACCAUUAUUGCACAACGUUACUUCAUCCUAUUGGUAACUGAUACAAAUACUUUUAAAAUGUUUGCAAAGUAGUGUGUGAACUUAAUUGAACUAGAUUGAUCUCUACUAGAACCUCAUUCCUAGAGCCAUCUCAGUAUUUUUCAGUUAAACAGAUUGGUGGCUGCAUGGUCUUAUCAGAAGUGUGAAAGGGGCACAGACACACAGCUGACGAUUGGGACCAGUGACAACAGGACAAAACAAUUUUACCUUCAAUACUGUCAGGGCAAUGUUUCCCAAAAAGUUUUUUGUUUGUAAUGAUUCACUUUUUUCAGGUGUAUAUGUUUCCAUGAACACCUGAGGUGAACAUAAAUCCCCUUUCAAUUGGGAAAGUGAUAAUAGAUUCUGUAACAGUCGGUAGUAACAAUGAUAUGUUGGUGCCAACCCAGUUACAACAUACAUGCUAUGUAUGUCAGGGCAGUAUAGUAUAUAUUUUUUGUCUUUUAAAUCAAAUGCCUUGUCUGAUGUCACAUACUCUAUUGCAUUCUAGGCACUUUAGUCUUUACUGCUCUGAAUGAAACAGCUCAUUGUUGCAGUGUAAAACCACCAUGAGACUUUUGCUUUAGAAUUUCACUCGGUCGACAGAUUGUUCCUCCUUUGACAGGAACAGAAUAUUACAGGAUGUUUAUUUGUUUUAUCCAAAAAUGUACAUCUCCCAUUGUCACAAUCUGAGUAUAAGUGAAUUUCUUGAAAUGUAUUAACCAAAUAAAGUUUAGAAUUUAAGUGUGCAUUCUUUUCUGAUUCAUAGUCAGAGUAGGAGUGCUGAUUUGCCCCUGAUUUAAGUAUGGGCUCUCAGUAUAUUGUAUUGUCAAUGUUCUGGCUUAGAGGAUGAAACUCACUCCACACUAGUUAAAGAAACAAGGACAGUCCACUUACAUUUAUUUCAUAUUCAAGAGGCAAAGCAUAAGAAGCAAUCUUGACAGGAUAGAAGUACAACCAAAUUAGCCAACAUUAUAUUAUUGAAUUCAAACGUAUUAGUUUCAAACAGUUAAUACAAACACUUCAAAUAAUGAAUGAUCUUCAUACAUAUAGUAAGGUAGUGCACUAUGUUCUGUGUAUCCUCUACAUACUGUACAUGUUAAUUACAUUCUUGUGUUUAGAAAUAAAAUAUUUACAAAAGUGUUGAA